GUCCCAAGAUGGCGGCGGGCGCGCGGUGGGCGCGGGGCUGCUGCUCCCUCCUCAGGCACGCUUUCCCGGUCCUGGCCGGGGUGAGGAGACGAGGCCUGUCGGGUGCCAGCGGUCGGUGGCACCAGGCCCUGGGGCUGGGGGUGGCCCUGUGUGCUGUCCCCGUCGCUCAGCAGCAGGGACCGGUGUCCCUCAGCAACGAUGCCCUGAUCAGAAGAGCCGUGUCCCUGGUGACAGACAGCACGGCCACCCUGCUGUCCCAGACCACCUACGCGCUCAUCGAGGCACUCACAGAGUACACAAAGGCAGUUUAUACCCUGGUGUCUCUCUACAAGCAAUACUCAAAUCUUCUGGGGAAGAUGAACUCGGAGGAGGUGGAUGCAGUGUGGCAGGUGGUCAUAGGAGCCAGAGUCGACGUGAAGACAAAGCAGCAGGAAUACCUGAGGCUGGAGUCCAGCUGGAUGACGGCGCUGCGCCUGUCGGAGAUGGCAGCAGAGGCUGCCUACCAGUCGGGAGCAGACCAGGCCUCGGUGACAGCCCGCAGCCACAUCCAGCUCGUGAAGUCACAGGUACAAGAAGUGAGGCAGCUGUCCCAGAAAGCAGAGACCAAAUUAGCUGAAGCUCAAACACAGGAGCUCAUAAAAGCUCAAGGAGAGGAAUCUUCAUUGCCACAGGGUAUUUUAGGAAAUACAGAUGCAGGUGAUGACCCUUACCUUCGGGAGGACUGAACAGAACUGAACUGUAGCAUAUCUGGGAGUCAAUCACAAAUUGAACGGUCCCAAACCGUUGUGUGGGAUAGUCUAAAACUGCUGAAAUAUGCCCAUGAUUCCAUUUUUUCCCCAAGCAGGAUUGCUGUAGAAAUCAAGUCACUUCCAGGUAUUUGGAAGGCCUCUAUUCUGUUUGUAACUUACCUUGUUUGUAAUACUUUUGGAUUCAUUUAUUUAAACGUUUAUCUAUGCAAAUGUGAAGACUGCUAUCGAGGACAGCCCGGUGUUCAUUGUGUCUCUGCUGGGAAGUUCGAUGUGUUUGGGGGAGCUCAUUAGGGAUCAGCCAAAGAAGUGUAUUUAAAGAACCUUGGUUUUAACCUGUGAAGUAAAUGAUUUGUGUGAGGAGAUGCCUUUAUUAAACUGUGCAAAAGCAUCCCAUUGUGACCAUGUCACCGUUUGGGUGAGAGAUUAAGCCCUUUUUUCUGUUUGAACUUCAAAGUUUUUAAUGUCUGAGCUGACAGCUGCACCAAAUUCCACUGAGCUGCACUCGGGGGAAAUAUUGGCUGUAGAGCUGAGAAUUUCCAUGGAGUUACUCAGGCUCUUGGUGAAGUGCUGCAGUUCAGCACAGCAUCCUCUGCCACCAAAGAGUCACCACACCUCAGGAGGUUCCCCAGGAAGCAAAAGGAGGGUUUGAUUGUCAAGAUAAUGUGGUUAUAAACAAAAUUAUUUUGGCAACUGCCACGGACUUCUUUACGAGGCAGCAAGCAUUUUGAAUGCUUUUGAGCACAAGCUUCAGGAAAUAAUCUGAAUUCUCUCUUUUGCAAGCUUGACGUUUCACUGCAGGUUUCAGAACCACAGCUGUCUUUCACUGUGCUCAUUUUCUAACUCCACAGCUAACGUGAAAUUGGUUUUGUAGAACAGUAUCCACUAGAACUUUAUCAUUGCUGGCUGGAAUCAGGUUUUGUAAGAAAACACACAUUAUUCACAGGUUUUUCACAACAAAUUACCAUCUGAUGCACUGUGUCUGUGUCGAGGUGGCUGUUACUAAACUGAGGAGGAAUUUUCUGUAGCAUAAAUUGUCUCAUUUCGCCUGGCCUUGGAACAAAUGCAGUCUCAGCUGCACAGCACUGUACAUUUACAGAUUAAGUAGUAAAAGAAUUAACCAAC